AUGUGCCCGCCGCGACCCACGCGCCGCAAUGUGACGGAACCACUCUUCAACACAGCUACCCAGCCGCAACCUGUCCCCUUGGCCACGUCCUCCAGCCUCACAGGAACCGCCCCCCCCUCGGAAGAAGAAAAAACGAUCUCUCCCUCCAUGCAAAUCAACACGCAAAGAUUCCUCGAGCUGAUACACGCCGAAUUCCCCGAUCAACUCGCCACACCGCGCGCAGACACGCUGCACAGACGAACCUUCAGAAUCGACCAUGCCACCCCCGACAACGGCUGCCCUAGCUCCGCCACGCUGCCCAAGCUCCUACACCUGCUCGCCACCAACCUCGGACAAAAGUACGAUGCCUGCAACGCGCGCCUGUACCACAACUCCACGCCGUGGCAGCAAAACAAACUACACGAAAUGAACACCAGCGGGCUAGCCUACGUGGUAUACUCCAGCAACGACGAACCUCAGAUGUUUCUCUCCUUCCUGAUAUGCGAAGAAUGCGACAUCCGCAAACAGCACGACCAGCACCAGGUCCUGUACCUGUACGAGAUUCAGAUCCAUGCAGCGUAUCAGAGAAUGGGGCUCGGUCGAACCUUAUUGCACCAUUUGAGGCGUCUCGUCCCGUCCAUCAACUCCAACCUCCAGCUAUCGGUCUACUGUAUAGAAUUGACUGUUUUCGGAGAUAACCACAAUGCAAUACGCCUGUACAAGAGCGUUGGCGGUAAAUUGACUUUUGGAUCUCCCAAAAUAGAAUUCGAAGUCGAGAACGAAAAUCAGAGAGUGACGCGCACAACUGCCGCGGCCCGCAACGCAAGAUCGUCAAGAUGUCGGUUUGUAAUUCCACUUUAUUUCACCUUCUACAUUACCUAA